UUGAUGAAUUGUAGAGUAUUUGCUAAUUUUGCAGUAAAUUUUUUUGAAUUUUUGUUUAUGUUGAAGGCUUAUUCCCCGAUUCCGCCUCCUGGGUUUUUUCACUCGAGUCCACAGGGUCAUCCUUACAUGUGGGGACCUCAGCACCUUAUGCCUCCAUAUGGAACCCCACCACCUCCGUAUGUUGUGUAUCCUCACGGAGUAUAUGCUCAUCCAUCUAUUCCACCGGGGUCACACCCAUUUAGUCCAUUUGCGAUGCCUUCUCCAAAUGGCAAUGCCGAGGCUUCUGGGGCCAUGACAGGUGGCAUGGAAGUUGAUGGAAAAUCAUCUGAUGGUAAGGAAAAAAGUCAGAUUAAGAGAUCCAAAGGAAGCUUGGGUAGCUUGAAUAUGAUUACAGGAAAGAACACUAAUGAGCCAGGUAAAACAUCUGGAGCAUCAGCAAAUGGAGUGUCACAAAGUGGUGAAAGUGGAAGUGAAGGUUCAAGCGAAGGAAGUGAUGCCAAUUCUCAGAAUGAUUCUCAACCAAAAACAUCUGGAGGACAAGAUUCUCAUGAUGGAACAUUACGGAAUGGGACUGCUGCACGUGGUUCUCAGAAUGGAGUGGCCCACCCUACCUCACAAGCAAUGUUGAGCCAACCCAUGCCAAUAAUGCCUAUGCCAGCAGCUGGUGCACCUGCGGGGGUUGGUGCUCCAACCACAGCUUUAAAUAUUGGCAUGGAGUACUGGGGUGCUCCUGCCCCGUCUAUUCCUCCUGUUCGCGGAAAGGUUCCUGCCACCACAGUUGCUGGAGCAGCAGUACUUCCUGGAGGGCUUGCUGGAUCACGUGAAAACAUGCCAUCAGAACUUUGGCUACAGGAUGAAAGGGAACUAAAAAGGCAGCGAAGAAAGCAGUCAAACAGAGAAUCUGCACGUAGAUCUAGACUUCGUAAGCAGGCUGAGUGUGAAGAGCUAGCUCAGCGUGUCGAGGUCUUAAAAGAGGAAAACAGCUCCCUUAGAGCUGAAGUUGAUAGGUUGAGGAAGGAACAUGAUCAGCUACUUGCUCAGAAUACUUCUUUGAAGGAAAGGCUUGGGGGAACACCCAGAGGAGCUGAUGACAGUAGACCUGAAAAAAUGGAUCAGCAUUCAGGUGAAAGGAUCUAGUGGUCCUUUGAGUCUAAUGCAACAUGCUGGGCAACAUAUUGAUAUCUUGAACCUCAAGUACUUCAGAUGCUUUUCUGGCUCAUAACCCUGACUGAACUAUGAUCAGGCCCCUUAUUACAUAGCAUUUAUUAGAAGAUAGAAUUCAUUGCACCUGUUUGCUACUAAGUACCUCUGUCAUCGAUGCUACUACCUCUGUCAUUGCACCUGUUUGCUACUAAGUACCUCUGUCAUCGAUGCUGACUUCGCCAAACAUGGUUCCUGUUAUAAAUUUGUCUUGGCUGAUCUUUUAACAAGUCAAGUCAAGCAGGAGAUGUACUCUUGGAACCACACUGGUUCUUCUCUGUUAAACUAAGGCUAGGGACUUUAUUCCCAUUUUUAUAAACUCUGUAUUUCGUGUUUUCUGAUGCGAUGUAUGACUUUUGAGAGUGAUGCUUGACUAUAUUGUAAUUGGAGUUUCAUAAAGUUCUUACUGUAGGGGUCAUGGUCUUUUUAGGAUGUACCAGUUGAACUUUGGAUAUGUAGAAAUGUGGUAAUAUCUAGAGAUAACCAUAUAAUUUUCUUAAUUGUCGCCUCUUGAAAUUUAAGUACUGUACUGACCAAGCCUUCCAUUUGAAA